CAAAACCUGUAAUAGAAACACACAUGUAAAAAAUUAUAUAUAUAUUUUUUCUUGCAACUGUAUAUAGCACAUAUGUGCAUAGUUUCUUGAAAUCUAUUGUGGGCUAUUUUUAUUUUAUUUAAAUUAUUUUUUUCUUUUGGAGUAAGUAAGAAGACUUUAAUGAGUGCUGUUUUGCCGUGUGAAGACUUCUCCUUUUAAAAUCAAUUGAAAUUUUUCCUCCGGCAUUUGAAGUCUUUCUUCAACUGAUUCAAGAUUGGAUUUUUAUGGGCAAUUCUCAUAAUCAAGAACGAUUUCCGGUUCAGGAACCCUGGUUAGGAAAAGUGGGUGUUACUUUGAACCAUAUAAAGGCAAUGAACUGUUUCCAAUUCCACAACGGAGAUAAAAAUGAAGAACCGAAAACCCCAGUCCAAAUUUCGCCCCAAACAUCGUUUACCGAUCGUGAAGUAAGGCAAUCUGGAUCUGAAUUUAACUCUCAGAAUGUAUCGGACACAAGCACCGAGUCAAGAGGCAGAGGCCAAUUUCCGAGCUUGUCUGAAAGGCCCAGUAAUCUCAAAGUUUUCACCUUUUCAGAUCUGAAACAAGCCACGAAAAAUUUCAGCCGCACUGCUAAACUCGGUGAAGGAGGAUUUGGAUGUGUUUAUAAGGGCAUUAUCAAGAACUCGGAAGAUCCGCCCAAGAAAAUCGACGUGGCUGUUAAACAACUCGGUAAAAGAGGACUUCAGGGUCAUAAAGAAUGGGUGACGGAAGUUAAUGUACUCGGUGUUGUGAAACAUCCGAAUCUCGUUAAUCUCGUCGGGUAUUGUGCUGAGGAUGACGAAAGAGGAAUCCAACGGCUUUUAAUAUACGAAUACAUGCCGAACGGAAGUGUGGAAGAUCAUUUAUCGAUUAAGUCAACCACACCCCUUUCGUGGGCUAUGAGGCUGAGGAUUGCCCUAGAUGCUGCGCGUGGAUUAGCGUACCUGCAUGAGGAAAUGGAUUUUCAGAUCAUAUUCAGAGAUUUCAAGUCUUCAAAUAUUCUUCUAGACGAGGAGUGGAAUGCUAAACUGUCGGACUUUGGAUUGGCUCGAUUGGGACCUCCGGAAGGGCUAACACAUGUGUCAACUGCGGUCGUUGGAACGAUGGGGUACGCGGCCCCCGAGUACAUCCAAACGGGCCGCCUCACAUCAAAGAGCGACGUUUGGAGCUACGGCGUCUUCCUAUACGAGCUCAUCACGGGGCGGCGCCCACUGGAUCGGAACCGGCCGAGGAGCGAGCAGAAGCUUCUAGAAUGGGUCAAACCCUAUCUAUCCGAUGGUAAAAAAUUCCAGCAGAUAUUGGACCCACGCCUCGAGGGCAAGCAAAUCUUGAAAUCGGCCCACAAGCUCUCCCUCGUGGCCAACCGCUGCUUGGCCAGGUUAUCCAAGACACGCCCCAAGAUGAGUGAAGUCGUUGAAAUGGUCAACCAAGUCGUGGAGGCAUCUAUAGGGAAUAUUCCUCAAGCACAACCACCAUCGACGAACGCAGAAGAGGACAAGAGUAAAAGGAGGAUCUUUGACAGCGGGUGGUCACUUCGCGGCUGGUCUUCGAAGGUAGUCAAGACUUGCUGAUCAGGUCAUAUUAUACCCCCCUCGAUAUUUUCAGGGGUAUAAUCGGAAUGUUCGAAAAAAUUCGAUCAAGGCAUUAAUCGCUUCGAUUUUCGCUAGGCCAAAUAGAUUAACGAGUUUGAGAUUGGUAUGUGUUCAAGACUUGUAUGUAUGUAUGUAUGUAUAUUUUCUUUCUGUAAGAAGAAGAAAAAAGAGUGAUCUUUCUUGCUGUAUCUUAUACAACAUUACACUGUGAUAGGAAAUAAAAAUGGAGCCUUUUAAUCAACA